AUGCGUAACUUUACAGAGGGUGGAACGAAGGUAGUUGCAGCUGCACUCAAUUAUCCCAGCCAAGCAGCUGAAGGUCGAAAGGCUCCUGCCAUAUUUUUAAAACCUACUUCUUCGUAUAUCAAAGAAGGUGAGAAAAUUCGCAUACCACCCGGGUAUAAUCGAGUUCAUUACGAGGUUGAACUGGGCUGCGUUAUUGGUCGUCGUGGCAAGAAUAUUCCGAAAGAAGAAGCCUUAAAUUACGUUAGCGGUUAUGCACUGGGAUUGGACAUGACGUUAUUUGAUCGAAUAGAUAUGACGAAGCAUGCCCCAUGGGAUAUAGCGAAAGGAUUCGAUACAUCUUGCCCAGUUAGUAGAUUUAUCGAAAAAGACGAACUGAAAAAUCCUGAUGAUACUAAAUUAUGGCUUAAAGUGAAUCAAGAAAUGGUGCAUGAAUGCAACACUAAAGAUAUGUUAUUUAAAAUACCUGAUCUAAUUAGCUAUGCUAGUCAAUUUAUGACCCUAGAAGAAGGUGAUCUACUGUUAACUGGAGCUUCUGGAAAUGGGCCUGUAUAUUCUGGAGAUAGAAUCACUUGUGGAUUAAACGAGAUAGUGCAAAUGGAAUUUGAUGUUAGCAACUGA